CUGAUGGAACGCGCUGCGGCCUUGGAGAGGGAGCUGCAGCUCAGACACAUCAUCAUGUUGCGCGAGAGGAACAUCUACCUCGUGAGCAGCCGACAAAAACGAUGCGCAUGACAGAUGACGUCGUCGCGCCUUGCAUCUGUGUGUGCAGGACAAAUUGCGGAUGUUGGAGCGCUUUGGUGAGUCCAGGAAGUGGACCUCUGACGACCCCGUCAUGCGCCAGACGCUGGCGAAGCUCAAGACCAUUCUCUACGCCGAAUCCACAGACAUCGACAAAUGAGAUGGUGGGCACCACUCCAACACACGAAGAGGGAGCCUGCUUUUCAUGUGGGAUGCAUCAGGCUGACAAGAUUUCAAAAAGAUCUCAAGACCCGUGGCUGUGCAUGUUGUGGUUAUAGAGACG